ACGAGAGCAGACAUGUGCGGACAUUUGCCCACGGCGUGCCUACGGAGUGCCUCUUUCGAUUCGACGAACCUGUCAGUCCGCACCUGGCAGCUGCUCGCGCCCAAAGCAGGGACGACAAGUACGCAGUGCCCACGGAUCACGAGUUUGUGCGAGCUAUCGAACGACACGCCAAAGACCGCUGGCGGUGUGCACAGUCCGGUGUUGUCAGGCACGAGCCAGGCAGAAGCUCUCAGACCGCUCCGUUUACCCGCCAUUCUCAUCGGCUCGCAUGCUCUCGGUGGCAUCUCAGCCACUCUGACCGCUUACGAAUCUCUCAAGCUCCGUGGCUACUCCGUCGAUGCAGUGCUGUGUCUCAAGGAGGAUCGCUACGCCAAUUGGGAUUACCUGCGCCAGUACUUUGAGAAAGAGAGACAGAUCCCUUUCGCUUGCGCAAGCUUACCGCCAGAACGCGCCGUCAAUGCGCAAGCCGAGCGAGCCAGCAUGACGGCUUGGUACGACAGUAUCACUGCGGCAUCUGAGAGGCACGAUGAGAUCUCGCUGGGUAGUCUCAUCGCCAGCCUCAGGACGCGGCACGCCAAGCGGAUAGAUGAUCUGGAUACCGCUGGCCAGAGAACACUCGAUACUGUCUGGUGGCCUUUUGUUCAGCACAGUCACGUCAAGACUCCUGCGGACGUCAUGGUCAUCGAUAGCGCGCACAAGGACAGCUUUAGCGUGCUAGCAUCGGAAAGCUCAGACGAGAGCGAUCCCAUGCUCGAACCCGUCUUUGAUGGCUCAGCUUCCUGGUGGACUCAAGCGGUCGGUCAUAGUCAUCCAGAGCUCGCACUGACAGCUGCACAUGCUGCUGCACGCUACGGACACGUCUUGUUUCCCACGGCGACUCACAAACCAGCAUUAGAUUUGACGAGACGUCUGCUCGACACGGCUGGCAAAGAUUGGGCAUCUCGUGUCUUCUUCUCCGAUGACGGUUCGACGGGCAUGGAGGUAGCCAUCAAGAUGGCCCUGCAUUCCUACGCGAGUCGCUCUCAGCUCUCGAUCGAGAAGAGUAAAAGCCUGCGCAUACUGGGUCUUUCGGGAAGCUACCACGGCGAUACGAUUGGGGCAAUGGACGCUAGCGAGCCCAGUAUCUACAAUGCCAAUGUCCACUGGCACUCUGGCCGUGGCUUCUGGUUUGAUCCGCCAAGCUAUCUCAUCGAAAAUGGCAAGAUCGUCAUCAAGUGUUCUGGCAGCCAAUGGAAGCACGAGGCAAGUGCGACUUUCGAGAGCCUGGCCAAGUUGUUCGAUCUGACCCAUCGCUUGGAGCACGACGAGCUCGCUGUCACCUACCGCGAGCACAUUGCCAGACACUUGACCGAGCUACGCGAGCAGGGGUCAAUCCAGGCUGGCGCCCUCUUGCUCGAGCCUAUACUCAUGGGCGCAGGCGGCAUGAUCUUUGUCGAUCCACUCUUUCAGCGCGUGCUCAUCGACACAGUGCGCGAGGAGGACCACGGAAAUUUGCCCGUGAUCUUUGACGAAGUCUUUGUCGGCCUACACCGACUGGGGCAAAUCACGACUGGAAACUAUCUGGGCGUAAAGCCAGACGUCGCAUGCUAUGCCAAGAUCCUUACAGGCGGCACAGUACCGAUGGCAGUCACGCUAGCGACUUCAGCUAUCUUCGAGUCCUACUUGGGCGAGCACAAGGUAGAUGCUUUGCUGCAUGGCCAUAGCUACACUGCGCAUCCCAUCGGUUGCGCAGUAGCCGUCAAAGCGCUGGAACUCGUCGAGCAAGCAGUAGAAGAGCCACACGUUGAUGUUGCUCGUCAGCGAUGGGGCAUGACUCGCCCGGCCAUGCCCUUCAGUCUGUACGACCCCGACUUUGUCAGCGAGAUAUCAUCGUUGCCUACUGUUCGGGGCGCAAUGGCACUAGGCACCGUGCUUGCUAUCACACUCGAGUCUGCAUCUGCGGGCUACGCAUCGAAUGCGGCGCAGGACGUGCUCAAAAAUCUUAUAUAUCCCCCUGGCGAAGCGCUCGCCAUACAUGCACGCCCGCUUGGCAACGUCGUCUACUUCAUGACCAGUCUCAACACGCAAGCUCCUGCCAUUCGCACUCUCGAGAACCGCAUCCGAGAUGUCCUCGGCUGAGGUUUCCCAAGACUUUGCUUGUUGUCAACAUAUGCAAUUUGCAACUCACACA